AUGGCUUCUAACGAACCCACUAUUGCCUCCACUGUUGUUGCCGCCAACUCAACUAAAUCAGCUUGGGAUGCUCCGCAUACCACUUACGUAAACUUAUCCCAAACCCAAGUCUUUAGUUUACGUGAUGAACAUGCCCGUGUCAUUAAGGACUCUUUCUCCUUCACAGAAUAUAUUCACACUAUUCAGUCUCUUUCUGAUAAGUUAGCCAUUGUUGGUUCUCCUAUAUCCAACCCUAAACUCAAUGUCAAAAUACUCAGUGGUCUAGGCCCUGAGUUUCAAGAAAUCUCUGUUGCAAUACGUGCACAUGAUACAGAUUCCUCCUAUGAGAAAUUCUUUGAAAAACUGCUAGACCAUGACCUCUUUAUUCGUCACGAGGAUGUUGAGAAACUGUCAAGCCCCAUAACUGCCGUUGCCGCAAAAUCCAAUACUAAUAAUCACAACACUUGCAGACAGAGCAACAAUUCUCAACAAUGGCGUCAUAAUUCACAUACAAACACUCCACCACAGUGA